UCUCUGCUCUUACCUGGACUUGGACUUUCUCCUGUCAGACUUGGCUCCCGCGGAGAGCAGCGUCAGCGUGACCGUGCCUGCCACCUACCCUCCUCUGGUGGCGACCCCCAAGGACCGCAGCCACAGAGUACCUCAAGCCUCCGAGGAGUGGAGACGUCCCCGGCAACCGGCAUCAGCCUCGUGGCCGAGCUCUUAUCCUCGGACAUUCCUGCCUCUCCCCUGGGAGCCGUCAGCCUGCCCGCCUUCGGGGCUCCUCAAAGCAAGACUUACACCAACCUGGGAGCCGUGGAGAGAUUGGGGCCUUCUCCACAAAACCCCCCAGCCCGGCCUCACCCCCAGCUUCGGACGCAGCGUGGCCUGGUUCCCGCCACCCCCUCAGCCAAGGCUGGGGGACACAAGCCGUUGUUAGAGCCGAGACCCCAGGGUGCGCUGGACAGAGCUCUGUACCCCCCUCAGCCUCCCCUACGAGAUCCCAGCGGCCAACUGAGAAGCCAUCAGCUCCCUCACUUCCAGGUUGCCCCACAUUACUGUCAUCAUCAACCUCAACAGCAACAACUCCAGCCACACCUCAAUUACCAGCUAUUGGCCCAAUACCCCAGCUACUACCAGCCUCCACGUAAUUACCAGGGCGAGUUCCAUCUCUGCAGCCUGAAGCCCGGCCAUGAUGUGGGGCUAGAGCCUCUGGUAGGCUUGUUACCGCCCAACACCGUGCCGGAGCCCGUCAAAUCCCGGAGAAGCAGGAAAUCCUGGGUGAAGAAGCGCGUGGCAAGCCACUCCUGCCUGUAUCCCGGCUGUGGAAAAAUCUACACCAAAAGCUCCCACUUGAAAGCCCAUCAUCGCACUCACACCGGUGAGAAGCCGUAUCACUGCACCUGGGAGGGCUGCGGCUGGAAGUUCGCUCGCUCCGAUGAACUGACCCGGCAUUUCCGGAAGCACACGGGCCACCGACCGUUCCAGUGCCACCUGUGUGAUCGCGCCUUCUCCCGCUCCGACCACCUGGCCCUGCACAUGAAGCGACACACGUAGCCCUGGCCACAAAGCAGAGAGACCACCGUGGAGCCCCCUCGCACCUCGGGGACCACCACCACCCUCUUCCUCCUCCAUUUUCAUCAUCACUUUUGUGGUUCAAGGGCUUCGCUAGUGACUGAGGACCUCAGUGGUGUAACACGAUCACAAUUCCCCCCCCACCCCAGUGUGGUCGGUCCGAGGGCUGUCACAUCCUCAUUCCACGCCGUCCCAAAACAAAGUUUCCUAGGCCGCGGGCGAAGCGAGCCACUGGGACCUUUCUCUCCGGCCAGUGUCAACAACAACGUGCUUUUAUAUAGCGCCUCCUCACGCAGGGGAGCGUCCCAGAGCCCUCAUCGGACGGUGUGAACAACUUUUUGGUGAAUUAACGGAAGCUUUAUGUGGGUUCGGUCUCACCCUUCCUGCCAAGACGGAGAGGAAUGUGGGAAAAAAAGACGGGAAGAUGAAAUGAUCCGAUGUGAUCUAAUAAACCACUAUAUCAGGC